CUCAAUGCACUACUUCUGACAGGUAAUGGCAGGCGGCCGGCGCGCCAACGUGUCUCAUAUUUAUAACCGAAACCUUUCUAUUCACCCACUGCAGGAGGCGGUAGGCUGUUGUCUGACCCACGGGAACCUGCUCCUUCCACCCCCACCACUAGCAGGCCGAUAGCGGGUAUAUAAAGGGUGAGACAGGCGGGUAAAGGCCACCGCCACCAUUCCUUCUCGGUCCACGGCUCGGGUUUAUGUUUUUCUCCUGGUUCUCUCGGGCAGUUCACUCGUUAACUAUGGCUGCUAAGUACAAUGUGGUGUUUGUGCUGGGAGGACCUGGUGCUGGCAAGGGGACGCAGUGUGCCAAGAUUGUGGAGAAAUUUGGCUUUGUGCAUCUCUCUGCUGGUGACUUGCUGCGGGAGGAGAGGGCCAAGCCGGGGAGUGAGUUUGGUGACCUCAUUGAAGGCCACAUCAAGAAUGGCACUAUCGUCCCCGUGGAGAUCACCUGCUCGCUGCUGGAGCGCGCCAUGAAGAACUCCGGGAAAGAAGAUUUUCUCAUUGACGGCUUCCCACGGAACCAGAACAACCUUGAGGGCUGGAACAAAGAGAUGGGGGAGAAAGUGAAUCUCAAAUUUGUCUUAUUCUUCAAAUGCCCACUUGAGGUAUGCACACAGCGCUGCCUGGACCGAGGGGCUGCUGGGUCAGGCCGCACAGACGACAACAUGGAGUCCCUGAAGAAGCGCUUUGACACCUACAUGAACGCCACCAUGCCCAUCAUCGAGCACUAUGAGGGUCAGGGGCUCGUCAAGACCAUCGAUGCCACCAGAAGUGCAGACGAAAUUUUCAGUGACGUUGAAAAGCUCUUUGCCUAAUGAGUGCUGCUGGUAAGUGAUGUAAAGUCACGGGUGAAAGUGUGGUCCACCUCACUCCAAGCUCAGUGUGACGGUAGCCUCUUAGCACAUGCCGUCAGUCUCCUCCACCCUGCCGGAUCAUCCACUGGUCCUCUCUGUCUCUCUUUAUUCCCUUUUACUCUAACCUCAGUGUGACGGUGGCCCCUAUGCACACUGCCAGUCCGUCUCCACCACCCUGCUAGUUCAUGCUUUGCUCCUCUCUCUGUUUCUCUCUCCCCCUUACUCAUCAGCUCAGUGUAACAAUGGCCCCUAAGCACAUUGCCAAUCACUCUCCUCCCAUUGCCAGUUCAUCCUUUGCUCCUCUCUGUUUCUCUGUCCACCCCCCCCCAUCUUGUGACUUGCUGGUUGGUAAGGGGUUGCUGAGUCACCAUGAGUUGCAAGAGUGUGUUGGACCCACAGUUUUGUCCAUAACUGCACCGUAGGCAGCCUUCCUGAUCAAAGGGAGGAAGAGUGUUGAGCACUGAACAUCAGAGUUGACGGCAAACAUGUAGUGUAGCAAGGAUGUGUAGCUGUAGAGGUGUAGUUUGGGGGUAAUGUAGUAUAUUUUAUUUAUUUCUCAUGAUUCCUAGAAUGUUCCUCUCUGGAAAGGUCAAUUUUUUUUAUGAAGCUUCCACCAAAUUACCCAUUACAUACUCAACAGUAUUAUUAUCAUUGAAGGUUUGGUUCGGAAAAGGAAAAGGUCUUUGAGAUUAUACUUUGUUCUCACUGUUGCUUAGUGGAUAAGAGAGUAAAUUUAAAGUGAGCUUUCCUUGUGGCAUGCAAACAUAUUUCUGGCCGUCUUGUUUACCUGUGUCGAUCAAACAGGUGAUGUAGCGUACAUACAUACGGCUGCUUCCUCUUAUUUAUAUUUGCUAUACUCUCAAAGAGCUUCAUCUGCUACUGUUAUUGAUGAGUCAGGUUAUAUGUAUUCCCUUGAAGUGAGGGACCUGAUGAUGGCAAUAUAAGAGAAGGAAUCACUGUGGCUUGUGCACCUUCAGGAAUAUGGAAGAUCCUUCUCUACUCAUUACAUCUCAGAUUUUAGUGCUGGUAACUUGCUUUAUGCAAGAUUUUUUUUUUAUAAGAAUGUCUAAGAGAUUUGAUUUGGAUCAUUGUGUGGAAAUUGUCUAAAGUCAGAAAUUGAGUGGAUUUUUUGUAUUCAGAUUCUUCCCAAAACGAUUAAAUUAAAUUCUUGUUGUAUGAAGGUUACAUAUAUAUAUAUAUAUAUAUAUAUAUAUAUAUAUAUAUAUAUAUAUAUAUAUAUAUAUAUAUAUAUAUAUAUAUAUAUAUAUAUAUAUAUAUAUAUAUAUAUAUAUAUAUAUAUAUAUAUAUAUAUAUAUAUAUAUAUAUAUAUAUAUAUAUAUAUAUACGUGUUGCAUUAUGCAAUGCGACAUGGUUAGUUAUAGUCGGUGUUUCGUCCCCGCUGGGCAUCACUAAGGCUGGCACGCUGGGUUCCAAGGUUAGGUCAGUUGUUUUAGAUUUUAGCUGCAGGCCGUCAUUCCAGGCCGCCUGGCAGGGAAUAGUAAGACAUUUUAAGGUUACACAUUCAAAGCUCUCAUCACCUUUAUUGCUGACUUAAGUAAAAAAGUAUUAACUUUAUUGUCAUUAUUAAAUGGUGCUGAAGGAGAACUGUUUUGUUAGGUUUUUGUUAAUGCUUCAUUGAAAUUUUGGAAGUUUUGAACAUGCACUGAUCAGUCGCCAGAUGAAUGAAAUGAUUCAUGAACUGGUUUGAUUCGGAAUGUUGACGUUACUCUGCCUAUAUAUACUCCUGACAUUCAAAGUACUUAGUUAUCAUAAAAUAAUUCAUACUCAUGUUUACUGGCCUUUGUCUUACAAGUAAUUGAAACUUUGAAAGUAAAUUCAUUAUUAAGCAUUACCAAAACUAUUUCCAAAUCUGCACCAAUAGAUAAAAUCUGAUGUGCAACAUUUUCUUCCAAGACAGUUCCUCUGUGUGAGAGGGAGUGUCUGUGUAUAUGCAAUAAUGUGCACUUGAGACAAGAAUGAGCCUUGUAUUCAUUGCAGUUUUAUGAACGAACAAAUGAACCUUCACUAUCUGUAAGAUGAGACAGUGAGAGCUGCAUGGAGUUGUGCACUGCAAGUCAUGUAUCAAAAGUGGCAACUACGUCUUCGUUUUGAACUGUUAUACUUCAUUAAGUCUAGCUGUUGUAAACGUGUCACUGACUGUGCUUAUUUAUUUGUUGGGAAAAUAAUCACCAAGAAUGA